GCAGCAGCAGCAACAGCUGAGAUCACCGCGCACUCUCGAUCUCGCUCAUCCGCUCCGUUGGCUCUCGCAGAACGGCGGAGGCUGAUGUUAUUUUCAGCGGCCGCAGAUUUACAGUAACAACACGGACCUUAGCAGCAUCGCGUGCACCGCUAUUCGCUCGGAUAUACAUUCGACUGUUUUCCGAUUUCUGUUUUCGGUUUCUGAUCUGUGAAUUCUGCUCUGUUUGCUGUUAAUUUUAGACUCGCCAAGCGGAAGCUUGCCAGAGUUUUCCAAAAUAUCCCGCGGCCGCGUGUGUUUUCCUGCGAUUCGUUAAUAAUUUGCAAAUUCAAUUUCCUAGCAAAAAAAAAAGAAAAGAAAAACGAAAGGGUAAAAAUGUCGUGCCGCGAAAAUGUCGAUUAACCUCUGGUCGGUUUCGGUUUGGCUUGGUUAAAUUAAUUAAUGACGGAAUCUCUCGGUGUCGCCGUUGUCGUCAGCACGCGCGCCUCCGGGCCUAAAUGCAAUUAAAUCAUUAAUAAAGGCAGACAAAUAUCAAACUAUAUAUUUCGCCAUACGCAGUCUACGGAGAAAAAGUUGAAAGCGCUGAAAAUGUGAAAAGUGAAUGAAACGCAUGUGAAACUCGCGGUGCCAAGCAAAGCCGGGAAGCAAAUUGAAUAAGAAACCCAAUUAAGAUUUCAAUAAAUUAUUGAAAUAAAAAUGUGAGCAGUGAAAAUGUGAAUAUCCAAAACAGAGAGAGAGAGUCGCAAAAAACUGAGAAAAGAACACAUUUUCCAAGAUACCACAGCAAAAUGCAAGCCAAUUCGAGCACCACGACGACUACGACGACCACCAAGACCAAGAAGCUGAGCAGCGGGCCGGGGAGCAACAUGAUCAGCUCGGUGGCGGUGACCAGUGCGAUUAAGACCACCACCACGACUCGGAAGCCAGCGGGCUCGGGAGGAGCCAGUCCCAAGUCACCGAAGACCCAGUCAGUCCCAUCGACCGCCAGCGAUUCCAAUGCCGAGAUCGCUGAGCUGACCAAGAAGAUCAACGAGCACGCCGAUGCCAUCUAUCACACGUGGAAGAGCCAGGGCAUCCCGCCGCCGGAACUCCUGCAGAUGUACACAAAUGCCGCCGCUUCCGGGGAUCUCUCCGAUGUGACCUCACCCACCGCCGAUGCCGAGGGGCUGCAGAAGAUGGUCACCAGCUUCGUGAACAAGGACAAGGAGCAGCGCGGCAAGACGAACAGCCUGAAGAAAUCCACCGACAUCAGCAACACAGCCACCUCCAAUGGCAAGGUGAAGAAAUCAGUGGCCUCCAGCUUUAAUCCUGUGCCCGAUCAGGCUCUCCAGUCCCCUAAAAAGGUGGCCGCCAUCAAAACCUCCGCCCUGCCCGACGUGAAUCUCAACUACGACAUCAGCCUGGAUCUGGAUGUGAACAACCUAUCCUCGCAGCAAACCCAGAACCUGCUCAAGAUCAGCGAGCUCAUCCAGCAGCAGCAGCAGAAGGAUGCCCCCAGCACAGUGGGCAAAAAGCGACAGAGCAGCAAGGCCACAGCGAGCAAUACCAGCAAUACGAGCAAUUCGGCUAGCAGCAACAAGUUAACAGCCUCAGAGCAACCCACCAAAAAACAGAGCAAGGCCAAUAGCAGCACAAGGAACGGAUCGAUUGCUGUUAGUCUAGAUGUCGUCGAUGGGCCAUCGGCGGCGAGAAUGGCCAACAGCAUGGCAGUGAGUGAUAAAAACGGCGAGCCAGCGGCCACAAGUCGCAAGUCGAGCAAAACCAAAGAAAAUAGCGCCGAUUCGAAGCCGGCAACCAAAGAAAAGCCCACAGUAGUGGCCUCUGUCAUCGCAGCCUCACGCAAAUCAACAAGUCGCCAAAUCGCCACUGAUAACGCCGGCAACAUGGCGACAGCAGCAGCAGCAUCGGAAACAUCGGCGACACCAACGGCGGCAACAGCAACAUCAGUAGAUGCAACGCCAGCAACAUCGGCCAGCACAACGAUGCCAACGUUGAAUAAAGUCAAACCGACCAGCGGGGCGCGGGCGGCCCUCACCAAUGGCCAGGAUAAAAUGAAUCUCCUCACCCGCGGCUCCGUGGCCGAGCGCGUUCUCAUGUUCGAGAAGUGUCCGGAUGUGCGGCACGCCUUCCUCAACAUCAAGCGACCCCAGACGGACCCUCCGCCCAAGAGCCUCAUGAAGGUCAAGCUGCACGCCACCCCGCCACCGCCGCCCCAGGAGCAGAAUCUGCUGCAGAAGGAGAUACGUUCCACCAAGAGCGUCUACAUACCCAGAUUCUACUUUCCACACGGCAAGCCGCAACCCAAUAUCGCCAUGGAGCGGGUGGUGCGGGGCAUCCUCUCCGCCUUCGACAGCUUUCCCAACAACCAGGUGACCAAGGACGAGCUGCCGCGCAUCCUGAAGAUCUGCGGCCUGCCCUUCUACUGGCGCAUGCCGGUGAUGGUCUUCUGCCAGUCGGCCAGCUCGGGUCUCGUCGAGCGGCAGCGGUUCGUCGAGUUCUGGAAACAAAUGAAUGUUUAUUGCCAUGAGGCGGCCUCGAGAUUCGUGUACAUUCUGUCGCGUGGCCAGAGAUUCCGUUCGUACAUCGUGCCCGAGGACCUGGUGCCAAUGGUGCAGGAUGUGGUGGACACACACCCCGGCCUGGCCUUUCUCAAGGAAGCCACCGAGUUCCAUUCCAGAUACGUGCACACAGUCAUCGCGCGCAUUUUCUAUUCGGUGAACCGCAGUUGGAGCGGCAAGAUUUCAAUAGCCGAGCUAAAGCGCUCCGACCUGCUGGAGAUGAUCAGUCUGCUGGAGGAGGAGGAGGACAUCAAUCAGAUAAUGGCCUUCUUUAGCUACGAGCACUUCUACGUGAUCUACUGCAAGUUCUGGGAACUGGACAAGGAUCACGACCUGCUGGUCAACCAGGAGGAUCUCGCCAAGCACAGUGACCAUGCCCUGUCAUCGCGAAUCGUGGAGCGAAUCUUCUCGGGCUGUGUGACGCGCAGCGACAACAAAAAGGCUCCCGAGGACGAGGCGAAGAUGUCGUACACGGACUUUGUGUGGUUCAUUCUGUCGGAGGAGGACAAGCGGACGCCCACGGCCAUCGAGUACUGGUUCCGAUGUAUGGAUGUCGACGGAGAUGGUGUGCUGUCCAUGUACGAACUGGAAUACUUCUACGAGGAGCAGCAGCAGAGGAUGGAGGGAAUCGGUAUCGAGUGCCUGCCAUUCGAGGACUGUCUGUGCCAGAUGCUGGAUAUGAUCAAGCCGGCGAAUCGCGACUGCAUCACCCUGGGCGAUUUGAAACGUUGCAAAAUGACUCACGUCUUCUUCGAUACCUUCUUCAACCUGGAGAAGUAUCUGGAUCACGAACAACGAGAUCCCUUUGCCUCGCAACGUGACGAAUAUACCUCCGAUUGGGAUCGCUUUGCGGCACAGGAAUACGAGCUGCUCAUAUCCGAGGAAAACGAUUGAGGGUCGCCAAAAGAUAUUUAUUAACUUACAAAUUUUUAUACAAAUUUAUACACUACGAAAUGAAAAUGAAACAGAAAAACAAACAAAAAGAAGGAACUACUAUUAGUCCAUAUGUGCAAUAAAUUCAAAUUAUUUAUUAUGAGUUCUGCAGAUUUAGUUGAAUUUUAAUGAUGAUUAAAAUAAAAUUAAUAAAAACUAAAAAGUACAA